AUGACGGAGCUGAAGCAUUCCAUACACCACAAAGGCACCGAGGAGAGAAAUUUUGAAGGAGUUUUAACACCUACGUUCUGUUUUGUUCUUACAACAUAUAUUAAAGUUGGAAGCCAGGCAGAUUUGCCUCAGAAGAUAAGGACUGCUGAUGAGCUGGUGAAUAUCAAUGGAAUUCCAUUGUAUGGAUCCUGGGAAAGGGAUCACUAGUUAAUUUUAAACCACGGCAGUUUUUCUGCUUUAAUACUGCUAGGGAUUGAACAGAGAACCGCCCCUGUCAAUAGGCCACACUCAUGGCACAAGUCCAAGCUGCUGCAGAAAUGCCCUAAUGUAGCUAUUACCAUGCAUUUUUCUUCUGAAGCAUUCAACUUAUUCUUUCAUUCAGGCUGCAACACAAGUGACGUGUGUAUGCAGUGCCAGCACUGUAUCACUGAGAAAAGAAGCUCUGUUGGCAGUAUGGAGAGCCCGGAACAACCAGGCCAAGCCACAUAUGAGGGCCACCUCUUGCCUAUUGACCAAAACAUAUACACCAACAAGCAUGAUCCAGCCUACAGCUCCUUCUCUACCAGCUCAAAUACCUCUGACUAUGCUCCUUCCUUCAAGCCAAAAGAUUCAGCCUCUGCAGACUGCAUUAUUCAAGGCUCGAUGCUAAUUAAUCCCCCCAGUGGCAGGCCCAAUGUGGCUAAGACUUUAGGAGGGAGCCAACAUACUAAUGGGGUCAACUUGACUCCCAGGAUGUCAUCUUGCCCACAGGAAAGCCAUUACUCGGAAAUUCCCAAGGCUACCAAAAACCCAUCACAACCUCUAGUGAGGAGAGACAGCCUUCAUGCGUCCAGAACUCAACUCCUCAGUGGAGAACAGUACAGAACUACUGAGACCAUAGACUCCUUGCAGCAGGAGAAAGCAAGCCUAGAUAUUGUGCCCUCCUCAAAGGAUCCUAAUAGAUUUUGCUGUCACAUUGGGUCAUAUCAAGUGACAAAUGAAUGUCAUCUGAAUUAUGAACUCGGACAACCUCCUGAAUAUAGCCAGCAGAUUUCUGAGCAUCCAGUGAUGGAGGCUUCAACUGCAGUUGUUGGAAUAUCCAAAGUCUAUGAUAAAACUUCCAGCCUGGACUCCAGUCCACUCAAUGGGGCUUCAGAUGAACUAGCCAAAUCAUCUUUUGGAAGCCUUACACAUAUCACAGGGGCCACAGUAUAUCACCAUAGUGUCCCAGAACAGCUUCUGGUAUCCCAGUUGCAUCAUGUGCACCUUGAUUCCCAGGGCAUCAAGGAAAUGGAACUCCCAACUACAAUAAAUUCACAUGAGUGUAUUCUUUCUCCUUUGCAAAGCAGCCACACACAGCAGAAUAGUCUCUUCACCCCUGGGGAGCAGCCCAACAUUGAGCAAAAUACCACAUUAGUGGAUGUAAGGUUUUUGAAUUCAGGGCAUCACAAUCCACACAACUCUCCACAGGGAGAGUCAUAUGCGAAAACCUUGGAGAAAGGUUUCCUGGAACCAAACAAGACAAAUGGAAGACAAAGUGGAUUGGCUAGUCAGCAACCCUCAGCCUGUAGCUCUUUUGGUCAAGAAAGUGGUUCUUCAACCACUAAUGUUGCUGGCAGCACAGAGGUUAUUAAAAAGGAGGACUAUGAACCCAAGGGGUGUGGUCUAACCAGGGGUAAGCGGGGCCGCUCAAUCCAAAAUCGGCGGAAAAGUGAGCGUUUUGCAACCAGUCUGCGUAAUGAAAUUCAGAAGAGAAAGGCCCAGCUCCAGAAAAGCAAGAUACCCUUGCAUUCUGACAGUAAGGAGCCAGUAGAAGAGACAGAAGAUCCACCUGAAUGUCCUCCAGUUCUUCCCUCUAACUCAUUCCUUCACUCAUCAUAUGAAAAAACAGCCAGCCCUAGAAACAAGCCAUUACACAAGAACACAAUACUUAUGACUAAGUAUUCAGAUGAUCUCAGCCAAGUAUCUGAGAGCCAUGAAUCUAGGACAGAUUUGGAUGAGCAAAUAAGCCCUAGCCUGAGGCCUGACCAGAACUCAUUAAGCUUAAAUAAUGGUUGGAUAGCUUCUGAACUGCCUGUCUCAGAUUCCAAGAAAGUAAAUGUUCAUAACAGAGUUCGUGAAGGUCAUUGGAGAUGGUCUCCAGAGCACAAUCUUCAGAAUCAGGUGACACUAGCCAUAGAAGACCCUACCAGCCCAGGUUACAAGGAAUUGAAAGCUUCUGUCCAAGCUGUGGAAGAAGCUAUACUUUCACCUUUUGCAGUCAGAAGGAAGUUUUUUGAAGAAAGUAGCAAAUCUUUGUCUACAUCUCACUUGCUUGGGUUAACCACUAAUAGCAAUAAAAAUUUGGCCCAGAGACAAAAACCUAUAGACCAAAACUGUCAUCUCAUGAGCUCUAGCUCAAGGGAAUUUAGGCACUUCCCCAUAGACCAAUCAUCUUCCACAGUCCAAACUUAUCAUACCACAGACCAAUACCAUUCCAUGGCAUUUCUUCAGUCAAAAACCCCCACUUACUCAGAAUGUUUUGACACAAAAGAACUAGAACAAUCCUUGUGUUGUAAGCCACUACACUGCAGUGAUUUUGAUUGCCACAGGACCUACUCUUACCCCUGCAGUGCCCAGGGAGCAGUAAUCCAUGAUUCUUGCAUUUAUUGUUCUGGGGAAAUCUGCACUGCUUUGAGAAAGAGAAAUGUGCCAAAUUGCUAUACCUGCUGGUGCCACCAACAUCAAUGUCACCAGUGUUCUGCUUGGUAUCAUAAUUCCCAGCACAGUACCCUGGAGAAUGACAUCUUAGUACAUGGAAACGCUUGGAAACCCAGGAAGUCAACAGUGCAGAAAUUUUCUGAAGACAAAUGGAAACUAAUUACAGAAAACAGGAAGACCAGCCAGUCAGGGAGGGAAAUUGUGCAUUGCAAGGCUAGGUUUUUAUGUUCAACUCCCUUCCAUCCUUGCCUUGCACUAGAUAUGUCAGGUUGCAGAGCAGUUUCUUGUCUUGAAGACUCCAAGCUCCUCAAAUAUAACUGAAGAACUUCAGUUUAUGAAGAGGGAAAUUCAACGAUUCCCAUUCCUAAUCCACUGUGCAGACAUGCCUUCUCUGAUAAUCAUAUCAGCUUAAUACCCCAGAGUUCCCAGGUAUGGGCGCAUCAUCAGAGAGAGCUUUUUGCCGAAGUUGAUGAAAACCAAUUAGGGCCUCUGGUAAUCAGGAACAAGGCCUUUCCUCUCCUUCAUUCUCCUCCUCCAAAUUUGGGAAAGUACAGGCUCUUCCAAGCAGCUCAACAGCAACAGAAAAAGAAUCAACAACAGCAAAAGCAGCAUUCAGAAGAGAAGGAAGAGGUAAUGGAGGAUGAGAAGGAGAAAAAUGAGGCAGAAAAAAUAUUGGAAGAUAAGAAAAAAGAAGAGCAGAUGAAGGAAGUGGCAGAAGAGGAGGAGGAAGAAAAGCUGCCAUCCCAGUAUUGUAGUUCAGGAACUGCUGAAUCCUUUGCCCUUACUCCAGAUGAAUUCCAAGAACAGCAACUAAAUCUGGGUUUUGACUGGAAGCCUUAAAGGGGGGCCACACAAGGCAUUACAGCAAAACAACAGAUCACUGCUUUCUGUUCCACAAAUUCUUUGCCUCCAAGAAGAGGUACAAUAGGACGUCAAACUGAGAAGGUUCAGCUUCCUUGCCAUUAUGGCAGGGCGAAAUCUCUUAUGCUACCCUGCCUCUCCUCGAUUUUGCCUCCUCCGGCCUCCAGACCAGAAGCCUUUAGAAAAGAAGAGGCCAAACCCAAAUCAACAAGGAGCCAGAGCUAUUUACAUCCUGAGGAAGAGUUCUCUAUCAUGGGCUUGGGUUCCAGGAAACAGUACCCCAACCCUGAAAACUACAGUGAACCAAAGACAACAGGACAAGAAUUUCAGUACUUCUCACCCAUUCAGAGUGCACCAGGAAUCCCUACCGCCUACUCGGUGUAUUACAAUAUUUCUGUGGCCAAGGCAGAGCUGCUGAAUAAGUUGAAGAACCAACCUGACAUGGCAGAGAUCAGUCCAGAAGAGGAGGAAGUUGACCAUGAACUGUCUCACAAAAAGAUACAGCUUAUUGAAAGCAUUGGCAGAAAACUUUCUGUUCUUCAAGAAGCCCAGCAAGGACUGCUGGAGGAUAUUAAUGCCAAUUCUGCACUUGGAGAGGAGGUACAAGCCAAUUUAAAAGCUGUCUGCAAAUCUACUGAAUUUGAAAAGUAUUGCUUACUUAUCGGGGACCUGGAUAAAGUGGUCAACCUAUUAUUGUCCCUCUCUGGACGACUGGCUCGGGUAGAGAAUGCUCUCAACAGCAUUGAUUCUGAAGCCUACCAGGAAAAGUUGGUGCUGAUAGAAAAGAAGCAGCAGCUCACAGGUCAGUUGGCAGAUGCCAAGGAGCUGAAGGAACAUGUGGAGCGCCGGGAGAAGUUGGUAUUUGGCAUGGUCUCCCGCUACCUGCCUAAAGAACAGCUCCAAGAUUACCAGCAUUUUGUGAAAAUGAAAUCUGCUCUCAUUAUUGAACAGAGAGAGCUGGAAGAGAAAAUCAAGCUUGGACAAGAACAGCUAAAAUGUCUGAAGGAGAGCCUACUCCAGGGGCCAGUCAAUUUCUAAUUCUACAGUAGUCUUCUACACUAUCCCUACACAGUCACAACAGGCUAUUUUUCAACAUUCCUUGCAGUUUGUUAACAGUAAGAUAGCUGUUACUUACCAGCCGUUGCAUUCCCUCUAACAUGUAUGUCUCUCACUGUCUAACAGUGCUCCAAACUAUCCAAAAUACAAUGGAGAGACACUAAGCUUCUACUGUAGGAUAACAAUCAAAAAGCAGAAUCUGUGGCAAGAUAUCUUCAUACACCUAUAGCUCUUAUUACCAAAAUUUGCUUGUGCAAGACACUUUCAGCUGACAGUGUCACCCAGUACCUUCAUUCUUUGUACUAGAACCAUAGAAACAUCGUGUAUUCACCAUCUACUCACACCAUAAUCAGCCUCUCAAAGCUCAGAGAAAUGUUUCCAGGGAAGCUUCACUCUUCCCCAAGGCUUGACCAUUUUCACAGAUUUGGAUGUCUUGAAGAUAUUUAGAUAUCACCAUUUUCAGGCCCUAACCCAAGCUUUUCAGUGGAAAGCAGAGAAAGAAAAAAUAUGUGUAACAGAAUGUGAGCAAAGUUUAAAAUUCCCAGAUGUCCUGCUAAAAGAAGGUAAUCUUAAACAAAACUUUAACACACUGUUCUCCCCAUUAUAUUUUGAGGUUAUGAGAAUUGUCAGUCCUGACUAAUGAAUCUUGUCUAAAGACUUUGGCCUACCCUUUUCUGUUUCAUCUUUUCUUUUAACUAUUAUGGAUUAUUAUAAAUGUCUACCCAAGGACUUCUCAGUGUAGGCCAUUAGUAAUAGCUAGUAAAGCAAACUUCUGGUGCAUAUAUUAUUAUGUGGUGGAAGAAGUGGGAUUAUUAUUUUGUAUUUUCAAUGAGCUUUAGAUUUUUUGUUUUGAUAUUUAUAACAAUAUUGCAAGAAGAUGGUGAUUGGAACUGAGAGAGUAUUUUAGAAGAACAAGUUUCUACAAAUCAGCCAAAAUUCAUUUUUGCCACAUAAAGAAGUGCUGAAGAAUUGAAUUUUUUCCACUAUGAUAAGUAUCUACAAAAGGAAUUCUCACCUAGAACUCAUCACUUUUCUACUAUGGAUUGUUAUCCCCUUUAUGCCUGAAUGACAUUAAUAUUAGUAUUUAAGGUUCCAUUUAUUCCCACUAGACACCAAAAUCCUCUUAAACUAACAAAGUUUCUCCAAAUUCUCCAUCCUUUUAUACCUUGCAAAUAGGUUGAGGUGAGCUAUAAACUAUUUUCCUAUAUCAGUUGUUUUUCUCUAACAAUUGUAUGCUAAGUAUGUGGCCUAGUCCAGGGAACAAAACCUCAUGGAAGCUAGAAGCUCUGGUGGGGCCAAGACUUCUAAGCCAAAUUUUUAUCCAGCCAAAGUCUUAGGCACACACAACAAUCAAUGCAGCUGAUGUUUCCAAGACUCUGAUACCAGUAGCAAGUUUAUAACCUAUAAAAACCAUCAGGUGAUUGAUGUGAGGAAAAGACUUAUGGACUAACUCUAUUUAUUCAUCUCUAUUUCUUAUUACUUGCUUUGGUGUCUAUUUGUACUAUUGCCUACCCCAGCCCAGCCUGUCUUUCCAUCUCUAGUUACUAGUGACUGCAAAGUUCUUAGAUGGUUGUCCACCCUUGGAGUUUAAAUCAACAGUAAGGGUAGAUAAUUCAAGUGAAGCAUUUGCCAAAGAAUUUUUAACUAUACAGAUAGUGCCUUAGAUUCCAUUUCCUCUUAAUUGUGUUUGGAAAUCAUGGCGGAAUGUUGACCAGUAAGAAGUUUUGAGGUUGACCCUGGAUAUGAACUUGUUAUAUUGUCUAGUGUAAGAUGCACUAUUAAAACCCCCUUUUUUCUUCUUUUAAAUUUAUAUUUAUAGCUUCUAGACAGAGGCUUUCUUUUAACAGAACAGAGAACAUGAAUUAUCUUGUUCUGUCUCAUAUAUCUAUGUCUUUCUACAAAUUGAGAGAAAAAAGUAGACGGUACCAGGGGCAAAGCAGUCUCAGUAGCACUGAGUAGAAAUAAAAAAUGAACAGACCUAAAUAUUCAACCCAAAGUCAACAACAAUAGAAACAAGAGACUAAACUACAACAAUCAAUACAGAAAAGGGAUCUGUUACUCUAGCAGUCCAGGGGCUUAAGGCCACCCUUAGCCUUAGGUAUGGGAUGCAUGCUGGGAACAGUGGUGAAUGGAGGCUAACAUGGGUGGUGAAUUGCCCUAAUUCACUGUCACUAUGUACCAUAAAUAUAACUGUGAAAGAUUUGUAAUUCAUAAUGGUCCAACUAAAAAUUACAUUUAAACAA